CCUUCUUCGGCAGAAUUCCGUUGCGUGGCCGGUUGGGACUCCUGCCGGAAGCAGCUUUGGAGCAGCAGGUGGAGUCCAGCGCUAAGGUGCAGCAGGUAUGGCAGAUUCAUCAGAGGUUACUCGGAUCCUGGUCACUGGGGGCUCCGGCCUGGUAGGGAAGGCCAUACAGACAGUGGUGGCUGAUGGUGCCAGCCAGCCUGGGGAACAAUGGAUAUUUGUUUCUUCUAAGGAUGCAGACCUAACGGACACAGCCCAGACUCGAGCCCUGUUUGAGAAGCACCGGCCUACACAUGUCAUCCAUUUGGCAGCCAUGGUGGGUGGCCUCUUCCGGAACAUCAAGUAUAAUCUGGACUUCUGGAGGAAGAACAUUCAGAUCAAUGACAACGUCCUGCACUCAGCCUAUGAGAUGGGCACCCGGAAAGUGAUCUCCUGCCUUUCCACCUGCAUCUUUCCUGACAAGACCACAUACCCCAUUGACGAGACCAUGAUUCACAAUGGACCCCCACACGACAGCAACUUCGGCUACUCCUAUGCUAAGCGCAUGAUCGACGUGCAAAACAGGGCUUACUUCCAGCAGUAUGGCUGCACCUUCACUGCCGUCAUCCCCACAAACGUCUUUGGACCCCACGACAACUUCAACAUUGAAGAUGGCCACGUGCUGCCUGGUCUCAUCCACAAAGUCUACCUUGCCAAGCGCAAUGGCUCAGCUCUGACUGUGUGGGGCACUGGGAAGCCUCGAAGGCAAUUCAUCUACUCCUUGGACCUGGCCCAUCUCUUCCUCUGGGUGCUUCGGGAAUACAAUGAGGUGGAUCCCAUCAUCCUGUCAGUGGGUGAAGAGGAUGAAGUAUCCAUCAAGGAGGCUGCUGAGGCCAUUGCAGAGGCCAUGGGCUUCCAAGGGGAGGUGACCUUCGACACAACCAAGUCAGAUGGACAGUUCAAAAAGACGGCCAGCAACAAGAAGUUGAGGACCUACCUCCCAGACUUCCAGUUUACGCCCUUCAAACAAGCUGUAAAAGAGACAUGUGGCUGGUUUGAAACCAACUAUGAGCAAGCCAGGAAGUGAUCCCAGAGCCCAGGAAAGAGGCAGCAAACAACCAAGACCCAGGAAGACAGAGGGGACUGGAAGGAGAGACUUGGUUGGAAGAAGCUGAGACAGCUGCCCUUCUGUCUUCUCCAGGCCUUCAAUCUCCAUAAAAGUUGGCUUAAGGAAGACCUAGUGAGUCCCUAGUCUCAACUAAGAUUUGGCUCUGCCUCUCUCUCCGUCUCUGACCUGAUUACUCCAGUCCAGCCUCAGGCUAGACACAGAGUUCCUUGUUCCUGGCAGGCUGGCUCCUGAAAGUCCACCUUUGCUAUCCUCAGGGAAAACUCCUCAUGCCUAGAACCUGGGAAACCUGGCCACCCCUUUAUACUCUUAGUCACUGGCUACCUGGGUUCCCUGUCCUUUCUGAUCAUUCUCUAGAAAUGCAAAUACAAUUAAUUUUCACAAGA